GAAAAGGGCGCGAGUGACGGAAUGAGAGCGCAGUUUCAGUAUCUAAUGUCAGAGAAAGUGACGAAGUGGUGGCGUGUUCCUUGUUUCGAAUGCCAAUGUCGGUAGCUGGUUGCCCUAAUAAUGAAGCGCAUACGUUUGUCAGAAAGAAACUAGUAUUUGUUCAACUUAAUUGAUUAGCAUAGUUGACCUCCAGUUCGUCUGCGUAUAGCUUGACGGCAAAAUGGAAGGGAAGGACCGAGCGAGCAGAGGAAGCGGCGAGGGUCGGGCGAUGGCGACGCAGAUGAAGACGUAGGGGAGGUGAUAGAACCUCUGCAGUCGGAGCAAGAAAGAAGAAGAAUUCGACACAGCUAUAGAGUUUUUAUAGAUGAUAUGAAAGAGCAUCAGCAUGAUUUGAUAAAUCCUGAAUCCGAUUCGCUGAACGAGCGCCUAAGAGAGGCUGAUGAACUGUUUAACCCAGUGAAAAUGACCCGGGAAGCAGCAUUGGACUCGACAGCAAUAGCUAUAAUAGCUCAUUAUGGGAAACAGAAGGCCCAGGCACUUCACACAGAGUUUGUGAAGUUUCAACCCACGGAGUUUGCAGACAAAUUGAUGACGUUGAUGAGUGGCUGCGAACUGUCUGAAGAUGAAAACAAUAGUUCACGAAUGACCAAAGAUGUGUGGGCGAAACUAGGGGAUGCUGUCCAGCCAAUGUUUAAGCGCAGCCCGCCACUUCAUUUUCUUUUUGGUUCAUUUGAAAGAGAAGAGGUAGAUUUGCAUGUAUCGAGGCGGCCGCCUAACAGAGAUUUGAACAGGGCAGACAACAAUAAAGAGAAUGCUACCAGACCUGAACAGCUGCCAUCAUUUGAAGGGGAGAAGCAAGAGGCUACAACAGCGGAAGUAGAGAGAGUCCUGGGUAUUCUGCAGUCACAGCACAAAAGGCUCGGCGGUAAGCCAAUGUGUUACUUUGAGUUUGUGAUCAACCCAAUGUCCUUUGGCCAAACAGUUGAGAACAUAUUCUAUGCAUCCUUUUUGGUCAGGGAUGGAUUAGCAGAAGUUAUGCUGGAUGAGGAUAAUCUACCAGUGAUACAGCCAGUGUCUGGUGAAGUGAAGAAAGGUCAGUCAAAGGAUAGUCAGAGAAAACAAGUUAUCAUGAGCAUUAGCAAACGUGAAUGGAAGACCAUUGUGGACACAUUUCGCAUAACAGAGCCUACAAUACCCAGUCGGCCCCUGUCAUCUGUAUCAAAGACAAAGGGGAAAAAGACCUAAACCGGUGAUGAGCAUGGGGAGUCCACAUUGAAAUAUUCAGCAUUGUUAUAAACCAAGGCUCUCAAGCAUGGUUCAAAUUGCAUGGAAAACCGAUAACUUGGAUGCAGAAGCCGGGUCAUGGAGGUUCCAUAUGAUUUCAGAGAAUUUGAGCCAGGAACAUUACCCAGGGCAGAUGUGUCUUUCCAUGAAUCCCAGGCCAUAUCAGUACCAAGUUCUUCAUAAACAUGCCCAGAACGAAGUUUGCUCACGUCUGUGGUCACAGAAAAAUGCAUAAUGUUCAAUGAUGGUCUGUCAAUCUGCUGUAAAGCAUGUCCUAUCCAGAUACUACAAAGAUGUUGGAUUGUGCAUGGCAAGAUGCAGUUUGGACUGUGUCACUGAUAAUGGUUUCAUAUAGACUCCUUAGUAACUUAUUCAUUCAUGCCAUAAUAUUGCGAUAGAUGUUAAAAGAUAUUUUUAUUGCUCAGAGUAUUUUUACAACAGUAGAUUAAUACAACUUGCUUCCUUAAUGUUGUUGUGGUUAAGAUCUAGGUUAAAUUUCAUUUUAUUUGUUUUUAAUCUCUUGGGAAAUUAUUUGCAGGAAAGUGGUCAAAAUCUGCUGUGGAUCCAAAAGGCAUGUGAAUAAAGAUAUAUAAGGGGAGCUUGCUUUAAAACAACAUGAAAAUUUUUAUUCCUGACGGUACAGAAGACUUAAGUUGUGAAUUUCUAGUCAUUUACUGGUGUGAUAAGGCCUUUGCAACACUUGAAACUUCCAGGAAAUCAAAAUAAGGGGAUGUUUUGUUUUUUUUUUAAAACACAUUUUAUCAGAUUAGUUAAAGGUUAUUUGUCCUAACCCUCAAUGUGGGAAUGCAUUCGCACCUGAAAACCCCACACCCACCGAGUACACUGGUUUUUACUAAGUCAGAUAAUAAAAUCUCAUUUUAAUUCAAAGGCUUGUGGGAUUUUAGAUUGAUUUUUGUAGGUUUUAGACUGUUUAAAAUGUGCACAUACUGAAGUUGGUGAAAGUCAAAGAUUCUAGUUGAAUCUGUGGAUUCUAGUAAACCUUCAGUUGUACAUGAACUACACAGACCCUUGUGAACCGAACGCCUCAUUUUUUUCCUGGAUAUUUUUCCACGCCCGUUUUCCAAAAAGCUGUCCUUGGUGAACUUAGUAGAAAGACUAGUUUCAUUUUAAGGCGUGGGCGUUUUUUUAAUCUUGUUAACAGAGGAAAGCCCUGUUGGCAAAAACACAUUUGCAUGGACCUUCAUACCCCUGGUAUGUUCAUAUAUGGCGGACUCCAACAUUUGGAAAUCUACAUGCCGUGGUCAUCACUGGUACUAAAGAUUUUCCCAUUCUUUGUCAAGUAGAAAUUGGCCGAUCCCCAAAAUCUUGCAUAAAGAUUUAAGGUACAGUGAUGGGAAUUUCGUUGGUAAACACAUCAAAGUCUGCACAACAGACGUAUAUACCACCGACUGUCCGACCAUUUGAAUAGAGUAUCAGUUCAGUGGAUAUGCAAGUGUUCAAUUCUUUUGUUAUAACACCAACUCUUUGUACGUAUUGAUUGACCAUAUGCAAUUCUCCUUUUCGCUACUUUAAAUGUAGAUUACUUCAUAUACCAAGUCAAUGUAAUGUGCCGUCUCCGUUAUGUCCGGCGAAAGAACGAUAUUUCUUCAUAGGUGCAAGAUUCGUUUACUGUAAUGGUUGCUAUGUUAACCUGAAAUAAACACAGAACACCUAACUUUUGAGGUAGGUAGAAUGGAAGCAAGUCCUGGUUUAGAGAUCCUUUAUGUAGUUUUAAUAAUUUCAUUUGUUACACGAAGGCAAAUUUUGUCAUGUUGGUCACGUCUUAUCGCAUACAAGCUUUUAGUCUCGGUUAUGAUUACAUAUACAGGUUGGUUACCAUUAUCUGUUGUGUAUAUGGUGCACAGAAAGAGGGUUUAUCAGCGCAUCUAACUAAGGAUCCUAGUGUUAAGGAAAAUUCUGGAAUAAUUUUCGGGUUCUGUUUCAUCUUAUGGCUUAACGAGAUUGAUGACCGUGAUUAUUUCUACAGUACACUCUGAAAUGUGUAGUGCUAUUAUAUGACGGCAUACGAUUUUUUUUAUCGUACACGCACAUCUUUGUGAAACUGGGCCCUGAUUUGAAGAACAUAAAAGUUCUUGUCAGUUAUAACUUAAGAGAAAAUGCACGACAAUAUUAUCUUUGGAGGUAAUAUCUUCGUACAAAAGUACGUUCAACUGUAUUGAACUGUUAUUCCUUUUUAUUUGAUCAAAUCGGUCUUUAGGCUGUCUGAAUAUUUGUCACCUUCGAAACGCAUUGCGUCUCUCAGGAGCUCGUUUUAGGAGUGCAAGAAAGGAUUUGCUCCCAUUUUUGUCCUGCAUGAAUGGUCAGUGCACAAUUAAAUGUUCUGGGUUUUUAAAUAUGUGUAAAUAAGUUUUAAUAUAAAGCAAAUUCUUUAACGAUGUGCUUUGAGGGAAAAUUUUAUCUCUUACAUUACAUGGAUAAAAUUUACAGAUGUCAA